AUGAACAGCUCCAAAGGGGCGCCCAUGGGCAGCCACCUCGGCGAGAACCUGUGUCGCUUUAAGAACGUGAGCGGGGAACUGGUCCUUGUGUCGUGCACGGGGGGCGUGGUGGCCCAGCCGCAGCACCACCACCACCAGCACCAACACCAGCAGCACCAGCACCUCCAGCCGCCCCUCCAGAACGACACGUACGACGAGUAUGACUCUUACUACGACUACGAGCACAGCAACCUCACGGACGAGCAGUGGAGCAUCGUCCGGCAGCUCAACCUGUACUACGUCCCUCUCCUCAUCGUGGUCGGGUUCGUGGGCAACCUCCUCUCCUGCGUGGUCUUCCUCAACACGAGGCUGAGGAUGAGGUCGUCCUCGUACUACCUCGCAGCCCUCGCCAUCGCCGACGUCACCUACCUCUUCAUCCUGUUCCUCGUGUGGCUCGACCUCCUCGGCUUCAAUACGUUUAAUAUCAACGUUAUGUGUCAGAUUCAGAAGCGUGAUAAUAAACCAAGAAUGACAAUAGCAAAGCAGGACACAUCAAAAGGAUCUUUGAUAUACAGAUCUGGAAUCCUUUGA